GCCCCGGCCCCGGCGCCUGAGAGGAGCCCCGGGUGGGGACGGGGUUUGGCGGGGUGGGGGGGUGGGGUGCGGAGCGCCAUAGGCAGGAGGGACGCCGGGCCCGGGGAGUGCAGCAGACAGGGCUGGCCCCGGGGAAUGGGCUGGUAGAGCGUGUCCAGAGAGGAGAGUAGGGUCGGAGUGAAUUGACCACCGGGCCCAGAGGGUCCGAGCCGAGAGCGGAGCCUGCACCCUCCACCACCCGCCCUUCGGGAAAUAGCAGAACUGAGCCAAGAGGCAGGUGCAUCGGGAAAAUGUGUCUGAGUCCUGCUUGGCAGAAGAGAAACUGAGUCACCAGCUCGGGAGCCGCAGGCUGCUGCCGCUCACCCCGUGUCUUCUGGCUGCUUCCCUCUUUGCUGCCCCUCCCCACAGGCUCCCCCUCUCCACCUCUUGGGGACCAUCAUGAAUGGUGCCCCUCCUCCAGAGGAUGGGGCCUCCCCCUCUCCUCCUCCCUUGCCACCACCCCCUCCCCCAAGUUGGCGGGAGUUCUGCGAGUCCCAUGCCCGGGCUGCUGCCCUGGAUUUUGCCCGCCGUUUUCGCCUCUACCUGGCCUCCCACCCCCAAUAUGCAGGGCCCGGGGCUGAGGCUGCCUUCUCCCGCCGUUUUGCUGAGCUCUUCCUGCAGCACUUUGAAGCUGAGGUGGCCCGGGCCUCCGGCUCCCUCUCGCCACCCGUCCUGGCUCCUCUGAGUCCUAGUGUGGAGAUCCCGCCACAUGACCUGUCCCUUGAGAGCUGCAGGGUGGGCGGGCCCCUGUCUGUGCUGGGCCCUUUUCGAUCAUCUGAGGACCUGGCCGGCCCCCUCCCUUCCUCAGUCUCUUCCUCUUCUACGACCUCCUCGAAGCCGAAGCUAAAGAAACGCUUCUCCCUCCGCUCAGUGGGUCGCUCCGUCCGUGGUUCAGUCCGUGGGAUCCUGCAGUGGCGGGGGACUGUUGACCCUCCCUCCCCAGCUGGGCCCCUAGAGACCUCAUCAGGCCCCCCAGUCCUAGGUGGAAACAGCAACUCCAACUCCUCUGGUGGGGCUGGGACCAUUGGCAGGGGACUGGUUAGUGAUGCAACAUCCCCUGGGGACAGAUGGACUCACCGUUUUGAGAGGCUAAGACUCAGUCGGGGAGGGGGAGCCUUGAAGGAUGGAGCAGGGAUGGUACAGAGGGAAGAGCUGCUGAGUUUCAUGGGGGCUGAAGAGGCAGCCCCUGACCCAGCUGGAGUGGGCCGGGGAGGAGGGGCAGCUGGGCCUACGUCAGGGGGAGGAGGGCAACCUCAGUGGCAGAAGUGUCGCUUACUGCUUCGAAGUGAAGGAGAAGGAGGAGGAGGAAGUCGUCUGGAGUUCUUUGUACCACCCAAGGCGUCUCGGCCUCGACUCAGCAUUCCCUGCUCUACUAUCACAGAUGUGCGGACUACCACAGCCCUGGAGAUGCCUGACCGGGAGAACACAUUUGUGGUUAAGGUGGAAGGCCCCUCGGAGUAUAUCCUGGAGACAGCUGAUGCUCUACACGUGAAGGCUUGGGUGUCUGACAUCCAAGAAUGUCUGAGCCCGGGACCCUGCCCUGCUACCAGUCCCCACCCCAUGACCCUCCCUCUGGCCCCUGGGACCUCAUUCCUUACAAGGGAGAACAUAGACAGCUUGGAGCUGCCCUGCCUGAAUCACUCAGAGAGUCUGCCCAGCCAGGAUCUGCUGCUGGGACCCAGUGAGAGCAACGACCGCCUGUCGCAGGGGGCAUAUGGGGGCCUCUCAGACCGCCCCUCGGCAUCUAUCUCCCCCAGUUCUGCCUCCAUUAACGCCUCCCAUUUUGACUCAAUGGAACUGCUUCCCCCAGAGUUGCCCCCCCGCAUCCCUAUUGAAGAGGGACCCCCAGCAGGGACAGUUCAUCCCCUCUCGGCCCCCUACCCGCCCCUGGACACUCCGGAAACAGCCACAGGGUCAUUCCUGUUCCAGGGGGAGUCAGAGGGACGUGAGGGGGACCAGCCCCUCUCAGGGUAUCCUUGGUUCCACGGGAUGCUCUCUCGACUCAAGGCCGCCCAGCUAGUGCUGGCCGGAGGCCCCGGCUCCCAUGGUGUUUUCCUGGUACGUCAGAGUGAGACAAGGCGGGGCGAGUAUGUCCUCACUUUCAACUUCCAGGGCAAGGCCAAGCACCUGCGUUUGUCGCUGAAUGAGGAGGGUCAGUGCCGGGUCCAGCACCUGUGGUUCCAGUCCAUUUUUGAUAUGCUCGAGCAUUUCCGGGUGCACCCCAUCCCUCUGGAGUCUGGAGGCUCCAGUGACGUUGUCCUUGUCAGCUAUGUCGUGUCCUCCCAGCAACAGCAGGGUGAGCAGAGCAGGUCUGCAGGGGAGGAGGUGCCCGUGCACCCAAGAAGUGAGGAGAUCCAUCUUCCCCGGCCUUGUCUUUGCCCUUCGUCACAACCUUGCCUUGUGCCUGCCCUUCUUGGGGAUGCUCAAUCUGAUCCCCUUCCCCCCUCCCUUGAUGUCUGAUUCCCCUGUCUGAUCUCUCCCUUUUCCCCACCCCAACGUCCCAUCUGUCCCCACGUUGCCCC